CAGCAUUAGCUGUCACUAUUUUAAAAUUUACACCACCACAACAAGGGGUUGUGUUGACGUUGUCGUUUUUAAACUAAACCACUUCCCGUGACUAAAACCCCCGUUAUUUCGCCAUGGACAACGAAACCACCCUCUCCUGCACCGUCAACAUCGAGUGGCUCAACCCCCAAGGCGUCGUCCACCGCAAGCUCUCCGAAAAAACCGCCUUCCUCCGUCUGAUUCGCAACGAAGCCCGCCAGAUCUUCGUCGAAGUGACCGCCCCCAAAGCCGCCCCCGUCAAGCUCCAACUCAAAGGAAUCUGCGUCCACAAAAAAUUCAUGAACGAAGGUAAAGCCUCCAUCAAGUUCCAGGAGAUCCGGUGCACCAUGUUCCUGUCCAACGCGCCCCCCAACCACCUGCUCAUGUUCCUGCGCACCAUGUUCGUGAAAAUGACGGGCGAGAAGUCCGUGGGGGGCGCCAACACGUCGCUGCGGACCCAAUUAUUGUCGAACAAACCCAAACAGUUCGAGGAAAUCAGUCCCGUGACUUCCGUGGAAGUGGACAGGGCGCGGGCGAAGGCGUCGAGGGGCACGGACACGACGCCGUCGCCGCUGAGCAAGAAGCGGAAGUUGAGCCCGAGGGACGGGGAGAAGGCUCCGGCUUCGAAGAAGUUGUACUCUGCGUCGCCGAUUCCAGACGAGCCGCUGGAUAUUGAGCAGAAGGAGGUGAUGGAGGCGUGCUUGACCGGGAGGAACGUGUUUUUCACGGGGAGUGCGGGCACAGGAAAGAGUUAUUUGUUGAGGAGGGUGAUCGGGGCUUUGCCCCCGGAUGUGACCAUGGCUACGGCUUCUACAGGUGUCGCUGCGUGUCACAUUGGGGGAAUCACUCUGCACCAGUUCGCUGGGAUCGGGGGCGGCGAAGCCACCCUGGAACGCAGUAUCGAGUUGGCGUCGCGUCCGGGGGCUGUCACGAUUUGGCGUAGAUGCAAACACUUAAUUAUUGACGAGAUCUCGAUGGUCGAUGGUUCCUUUUUCGAAAAAAUCGAAACCGUGGCGAGGAGAAUUCGCCGAAACGAGCAACCCUUUGGAGGGAUUCAACUCAUACUAUGUGGAGAUUUUUUCCAGCUACCCCCUGUCGCAAAAGAUAAAACUUCUAUGAAGUUUUGUUUCCAAACGGAAGCCUGGAGUAGGUGUAGAUUAUCCACGUACGAACUCAAGCGCGUCCACAGACAGAACGACGACGAAUUUAUAAAAAUUUUAAACCACGUAAGAAUCGGACGAGUUCCUGAAGAGAUGGCGCGACGACUGGCCGAAACGUCUAGACAAAAAAUCGAAAAAAACGGGAUUCUAGCGACAAGAUUGUGUUCGCACACGGGCGACGCUAAUGUUAUUAACGAGUCGAAACUCGAGGCGCUCAGUGGAGAAAAGUUCGUUUUUACAGCUGAGGACUCAGAUCCACAUUUGGGUAAACAGAUCGACCAGAGGACGACGGUUCCACAAAAACUGGAACUGAAAGUGGGGGCUCAAGUUAUGCUCCUCAAAAACAUCAGUCUUGCUACGGGGUUAGUAAACGGAGCGCGCGGCGUCGUCAAAUCCUUCCACGACGGUCUGCCAGUCGUUCAAUUCCGGAAUAAAGAAUAUAUCACCAAACACGAACGCUGGCAUGUCAAAACAGCCAACGGUGUCACUCUCACCCGAAAACAAGUCCCUCUGAAACUAGCUUGGGCCUUUUCUAUACAUAAAUCGCAAGGGUUGACUUUGGAUUGCGUGGAAAUGUCGCUGGGUAAAGUGUUUGAAGCGGGACAGGCAUACGUCGCUUUGAGCAGAGCUCAGAGUUUGGAUACUUUGAGGGUUUUGGAUUUUAAAGCCACACAAGUGUGGGCUAACGAAAGCGUCCUGGACUUUUACAGGACUCUGAACCUGCAAAUGGAGAGUAUGAGGCUGAUUCCUUUGGGACGCAAAGAGAAUAAAGCAAAGAAAAUCGUAAGACGAUUGGGAAUUAAUUCAAAAGCAAUGAACAAACCCCUAGUCAUGAUUAACUAAGAGUUUACCCCAUGAGUAUUAUUUUCACUCUUUUUUUAUUUAGGUUGUAGUAGCAGAUUUUUUAAUGAUACGUCAUAGCGAACCUACCAGAGACGGUUGUCGGUGUACGCGAAUAAAUGGCCGCUUUUUGGUCGGUCGCGAAAAAACGUCCGCAAUUUAUUUUUUAACUUUUUAUUAUACAAAUAAAUGAUAAAAGAUAUAAAAGUA